AUGGUGCGACGAGGUGGAGUGGGCGUGGAGGGAUGGGGCAUUGGCGGCGGCGGCGUGGGCGCUGCGACGACACGGAUAGGCGUCGACGCGAGGCGGCCGUGCAGCGAGAUGAUGGCACCGCAUCAGCGUCCUCCCCGACGAGCUGCUGCACGAGAUCCUGGUCCACCUUGGCUCCGCCCACGCCGCCGCGCGCACCAGCGUGCUGUCCCGCCGCUGGCGCCACGUCUGGGCGCACCUGCUGGAGUUUCGCCUCGUCGCGCCGCCAGCGGCACCGUCGACGCUGCCCUUGGUGGCUACUUAGCCCCUACCCUUGAGCACCUCGGCGUCUCCCACCGCACCGACCAACAAGGCCGCGACCUCCGCAUCCCGCCUGGACGUAUUGCGCCGUGGCUCCGCUUCGCAGCGGAGCACGUGGUGGGCGAGCUCAAUCUCUUUCUCCGUGUGCCUCAGACCUUCGUCGGGCCGGAAGUCGUCCGGGAGGAGGCGGUGCUCGAGCUUCCGCUGAUUGUCAACUUUGAUGUCUUCAUUCACUCGAACUCGUUGCACACACUGGUGCUCCGCGUCUUAGAGACAAGGCGUCUAGAGAUUUUGGCCCCAAGACUUGAAGAGCUCACUAUAAUUAUUAAGCCAAUGGAGGCUGAUAUCUCUGCUCCGAAGCUUGUCAAGGUAGCCUGGCAUGAUGCCUAUGACCCUCAUCUCCAUCGGUUUGUUGAUGUUGGCCGUACCCUCCAGCUACUGGAAACUUUCUCUCAUGCGUCAACCCUGACCAAGCGGUUUGAUGAAGUUGAUGAGUUGGAUAUGCUUUCUUGCCUGCCGUCUUGCCCUUGUCGUUUGGAAGAGAGUCGCAAGAUUGAUGUCAUUGAUCUCAGUUCACUUGAAGAGGUAGAAACCUCAGGUUUUUCUGGUUCUCAUGAACAAAUGGAACUUGUGGAGUUCCUAUCCAGCAAUGCCAGAAUCCAAAAAAGGUUGCUCAUCAAUGACGAGUAUUGCCGUAGGCCCAAGGAAGUACAUGAGAAGGAUGUUCGUUGGAUGGAACAUAGGAGUGUGUGCCGCACGGAGAGCAGCUGUGGAUCUCUUGGGACUGGCUCAUCAACAGCUCUGAUUCCAACUCUCAUCACAUAUAAGUCCUCGGGUAUAUAUCUGUACUACUCCUACAUGAACUGGCGCCAAAAAUGUUUCUUGCCAGUUCCAAGGUUGCGGGGCGAGUGGGCAAUUGAACAAGCAGUGAAAGUGUUUUCACCGUCAGCUCAGCGUAUGAUCUGGCAGUGA